AUGGCAUCGACCUACGAUGUCGGGACGAGAGCGUGGCAGCCCGACCCUGCCUUGGGCUGGAUAGCCUCGGAGCUCGUCAACAAAACAGUCGAAGGCACCAAGGUCAAACUCGUCUUCAAGCUCGAAAAUGGCGACAGCAAGACAAUCGAGGUGCCUGCCGAGGCGCUGCAGUCUGGGUCCGAUGCUUCCUUGCCGCCAUUGAUGAAUCCCACCAUGCUAGAAGCCAGCGAUGAUCUUACGAAUCUGUCCCAUCUCAACGAGCCUGCAGUUCUACAGGCCAUCCGGUUGCGCUAUCUACAGAAAGAAAUCUACACCUACAGCGGCAUCGUCCUCAUCGCCACGAAUCCAUUCGCUCGAGUCGACUCCCUCUACGUUCCGGGCAUGGUACAGGUCUACGCGGGAAAGCAGAGGGCCACGCAGGCUCCGCACCUGUUUGCCAUUGCUGAAGAAGCUUUCAUGGACAUGAUUCGAGACAGCAAGAACCAGACCAUUGUUGUGUCCGGAGAGUCCGGAGCUGGCAAGACCGUCAGUGCCAAGUACAUUAUGCGGUAUUUCGCCACCAGAGAAUCCCCGGACAACCUUGGAGCCCGCAUCAAGCGAGGUCCCGAGGCCAUGAGCGAGACUGAGGAGCAAAUCCUGGCCACCAACCCCAUCAUGGAGGCGUUCGGCAACGCCAAGACCACGCGCAAUGAUAACUCGUCCAGAUUCGGCAAGUACAUCGAAAUCAUGUUUGACAAGAAGACCAACAUCAUCGGUGCCAAGAUUCGCACAUAUCUGCUGGAGCGGUCACGCCUCGUAUUCCAACCGCUCAAGGAACGCAACUACCACAUCUUCUACCAGCUCGUGGCCGGCGCCUCUGACGAGCAGCGGCAAGAGCUCGAUAUCCUACGCGUUGAGCAAUUUGAGUACUUGAACCAGGGAGACUGCCCUACCAUUGACGGUGUGGACGACAAGGCCGAGUUCGAGUCGACCAAAAAGUCUCUCCAGACAAUUGGUGUAUCAGGGGCCAAGCAGGCUGACAUCUUCAAGAUCCUGGCCGGCCUGCUGCAUCUGGGCAACGUCAAGAUCACUGCCUCGCGCAACGAUAGCGUGCUUGCCCCGACCGAGCCAUCGCUCGAGCGGGCCUGCAGCAUUCUCGGCGUGGACGCAGCCGAGUUCGCAAAGUGGAUUGUUAAGAAACAACUAGUCACUCGGGGCGAAAAGAUUACGUCGAACCUGAGCCAGGCUCAGGCUGUUGUCGUGCGCGACUCGGUGGCCAAGUUCAUAUAUUCGAGCUUGUUCGACUGGCUAGUCGACGUCAUCAACCACAGUCUGGCAACCGAGGAUGUCUUGAACCGUGUCUCGUCGUUUAUCGGCGUCUUGGAUAUCUACGGCUUCGAGCAUUUCGCCAAAAACUCCUUCGAGCAGUUCUGCAUCAACUACGCCAACGAGAAGCUGCAGCAAGAGUUCAACCAACACGUUUUUAAGCUCGAGCAAGAAGAGUACUUGAAGGAGCAGAUCGACUGGACGUUUAUCGACUUUUCGGACAAUCAGCCGUGCAUUGAUCUCAUUGAAGGCAAGAUGGGCAUCCUGUCUCUGCUCGACGAAGAGUCCCGGCUUCCCAUGGGCUCGGACGAACAGUUCGUAACGAAGCUGCACGGCAACUUUGGCUCCGACAAGCAGCACAAGUUUUUCAAGAAGCCCAGGUUUGGGAAAUCGGCCUUCACCGUCUGUCACUAUGCCAUCGACGUCACGUACGAGUCCGAGGGCUUCAUCGAAAAGAACAGAGACACCGUUCCCGACGAGCACAUGGCAAUCCUGCGGGCCACGACCAACUCUUUCCUCAAGCAAGUCCUCGAAGCAGCGUCGGCUGUGAGAGAAAAGGAUGUCGCCUCGGCCUCGUCGAACGCUGUAAAGCCCGCUGGCGGGAGGAAGAUUGGCGUGGCCGUCAACAGGAAGCCCACGCUCGGCGGCAUCUUUCGAUCGUCGCUGAUUGAGCUCAUGAACACAAUCAACAACACGGAUGUCCACUAUAUCCGAUGCAUCAAGCCCAACGAGGCCAAGGAGGCCUGGCGGUUCGAGGGCCCCAUGGUUCUCAGCCAACUGCGCGCCUGCGGUGUUCUGGAGACCGUUCGCAUCAGCUGCGCCGGGUACCCAACACGAUGGACCUAUGAGGAAUUUGCGCUUCGAUACUACAUGCUCGUCCAUUCGGGCCAGUGGACUUCUGAGAUUCGCCAAAUGGCCAACGCCAUUCUGACAAAGGCACUGGGCACGAGCACGGGCAAGGGCCUUGACAAAUACCAGCUCGGCCUGACCAAGAUCUUCUUCCGAGCUGGCAUGCUUGCGUUCUUGGAGAACCUCCGCACAAGUCGCCUCAACGGCUGCGCGAUUCUCAUCCAGAAGAACCUGAGGGCCAAGUUCUACCGACGCCGUUACCUGGCCGCUCGCGAGUCCGUCGUCCGCACCCAGUCCGUUGUCAGAGCUUAUAUGGCAAGGAAGCGGGCCCAGGGCUUGCGCACCAUCAAAGCCGCCACCACUAUUCAGCGGGUCUGGCGCGGCCAGAAGCAGCGCAAGAACUUCCUUGCCAUCAGGCAAAAGAUGGUCUUGUUUGAGUCGGCCGCCAAAGGUUAUCUGCGUCGAAAGCAGAUCAUGGAGACCCGGGUGGGCAACGCCGCGCUCGUCAUUCAGAGAGCGUGGCGAUCUCGGCGACAGUUGCGGUCCUGGAGGCAAUAUCGCCGGAAGGUCACCCUGGUCCAGAGCUUGUGGCGCGGUAAGAGUGCUCGGCAAGAGUACAAGGGGAUGCGUGAAGAGGCCCGUGACUUGAAACAAAUAUCAUACAAGCUCGAGAACAAGGUGGUCGAGCUCACUCAAUCCCUCGGCUCGAUGAAGGAGAAGAACAAAAACCUUGCGUCGCAGGUGGAGAACUAUGAGGGCCAAAUCAAGUCGUGGAAGAACCGCCACAAUGCGCUCGAGGCGCGAACCAAGGAACUGCAGACAGAAGCCAACCAGGCGGGCAUUGCGGUGGCCAAGCUGCAAGCCAUGGAGGAUGAGAUGAAGAAGCUCCAGGCGGCCUUUGACGAGUCGACGGCCAACAUCAAGCGGAUGCAGGAGGAAGAAAGGGAACUCCGCGAGUCCCUCCGGCUGAGCAACCACGAGCUGGAGACGACGAAGCAGACCAACAGUGACCGCGAAAAGGAUAAUCUCAGUCUUCGACAGGAGCUCGAAGCUCUCCGGGACGCCUUGGAGGUGGCGAAGCGAAGCGCGCCAAUUAACGGGGAGCUUACCAAUGGGGCGUCUACGCCUGCAGUGGCCACUGGCUUGAUCAACCUGGUGUCGUCAAAGAAACCCAAGCGCAGGAGCGCCGGAGCGGAGCCACGGGACCUCGAUCGCUUCAGCGCAGCAUACAACCCACGGCCCGUCUCCAUGGCUGUGACCAGCACGGCUCAUCGGCAGAAUCUGUCGGGCACGACAUUUAUCCCCGGGGUCGAUAACAUCGAGAUGGAGCUCGAGGGUCUUCUCGCCGACGAGGAUGGUCUCAACGAGGAGGUGACGAUGGGCCUGAUCCGCAAUCUCAAGAUCCCGUCGCCAAACACGACACCCCCUCCUUCAGACAAGGAAGUCCUGUUCCCGUCGUACCUAAUUAACCUAGUAACCUCUGAGAUGUGGAACAACGGCUUCGUGAAGGAAUCGGAGCGCUUCCUGGCCAACGUGAUGCAGUCGAUCCAGCAGGAGGUAAUGCAGCACGACGGUGACGAGGCAAUCAACCCCGGCGCGUUCUGGUUAUCCAAUGUGCACGAGAUGCUGUCCUUUGUCUUCCUGGCCGAGGACUGGUACGAGACGCAAAAGACGGACAACUACGAGUACGACCGGCUACUGGAAAUUGUCAAACAUGACCUCGAGAGCCUCGAGUUCAACAUUUACCACACCUGGAUGAAGGUGCUCAAGAAGAAGCUACACAAGAUGAUCAUCCCAGCCAUCAUCGAGUCGCAGUCGCUGCCGGGCUUCAUCACCAAUGAGAGCAACCGGUUCUUGGGCAAGUUGCUGCAGUCGAACUCGGCGCCAGCCUACAGCAUGGACAACCUGCUCAGCCUCCUCAACAGCGUCUUCCGGGCGAUGAAGGCAUUCUACCUCGAGGACUCGAUUAUCACGCAGACUGUGACUGAACUCCUGCGGCUUGUGGGCGUGACGGCUUUCAACGACUUGCUGAUGCGACGCAACUUUUUGUCGUGGAAGCGAGGUCUGCAGAUCAACUACAACAUCACGCGCAUCGAGGAAUGGUGCAAGAGCCAUGACAUGCCCGAAGGUACCCUUCAGCUGGAGCAUCUGAUGCAGGCGACGAAGCUGCUGCAGCUCAAGAAGGCAACGUUGAAUGACAUUGAGAUCAUUCAGGACAUUUGCUGGAUGCUCUCGCCGAACCAGAUCCAGAAGCUGCUGAACCAGUACCUGGUGGCUGACUACGAGCAGCCAAUCAAUGGCGAGAUUAUGAAGGCAGUAGCCUCGCGGGUUACGGAGAAGAGCGACGUGCUGCUCCUCCAGGCAGUCGACAUGGAUGACAGCGGGCCGUACGAGAUUGCCGAGCCGCGGUCCAUCACGGCGCUCGAGACGUACACACCUUCAUGGCUGCAAACGCCGCGCUUGAAGCGGUUGGCGGAGAUUGUUUCGGCGCAGGCCAUUGCGCAGCAAGAGAAGCUUGAAUAUGCGGAUGGCGAGGGCUUUGACGGGCAAGAAACCUUGGCCGAGGCGGACGAGACGAAUGCCGAAGGGGCAGCAGCGGAGCUGUGA